AUGGUGAUGGAGGAGGGUGGAAAAUGCCGAAGGAGGAUGAAGAGACAUCCCUUCGGGGCAGUGCUACAGGGGAGCCUUUUCGGGAUGGCUGGAUUGCUCCCAGCUUCAUACACAACUCCCAUCAUGAGUGGUCAGGGACUCGCUGGGACCUUUGCCGCCUUCGCCAUGAUCUGCGCCAUAGCAAGCGGUUCGGAGCUUCAGGAUGCAGCGUUUGGGUAUUUCAUCACAGCCUGUGUGGUUAUUUUUUUGUCCAUUCUCUCCUACAUCCUGCUGCCCAAACUGGAGUUUUUCCACUUUUAUCAGGAGAGAAACACAAAGCAGAUCUCUCUGGAGCAGAAUUCGAUCAGCCUGAUGAACAGAGAUGCAGUAGCUGAUCAGAAAAAGCCUCAGGACGUCUCCAUGCUGAAAAUCUUUAAGAAGAUUUGGAUCUUGGCCCUGUCAGUCUGUUUUACCUUCACUGUAACCAUUGGCACAUUUCCCGCCGUCACUGCCGACACCAAAUCCACGCUCAGUGACGGAGGUUCCUGGGACCAGUACUUCAUUCCUGUCAGCUGUUUCCUGCUCUUUAACCUGUGUGACUGGGGUGGGCGGAGCUUAACAGCCAUCUUGAUGUGGCCAGGAAAAGACAGUGUGAUACUUCCUGCAUCCAUCGGGUGUCGCCUGGUCUUCAUCCCUCUCUUCAUGCUGUGCAACGUUCACCCUCGUGCCCACCUGCCAGUCGUUUUCCAUCACGACUGCUUCUUUAUCCUCUUCAUGAUCCUCUUUGCCUUCAGUAACGGGUACCUGGCAAGCCUCUGCAUGUGUUAUGGUCCAAGGAACGUUCUUCCUCAUGAAGCAGAAACAGCUGGAGCCAUCAUGGCGUUCUUCCUCUCUCUGGGUUUGGCGUUAGGAGCUGCUCUCUCCUUUCUCAUUAGAAUACUGGUUUAACUGGAAAUGUUGUCUUUCUCUUGGACUAACUGUGAAACUAUCAGUGAACUCUUUUGUGCAGUUCUGGUCUGAGUGGCAGAAAAGCUUCAGUCAGACUGAAACUCCACAGCUCUUCAACUUUGUCUUAAUUAUUUUCUGUUUUGUCCUGAUGGAGGUGCUGCAGGAUUACUUUCAGUAUUUAUUUCUUAAACAUGAAUCUGUACAAUGAAUAUUCUUUGUAUGUAUUCAUUAGAGACAUUAAAAAAAGUUUAACAGGUUAAAAGAUCUUUGAUAUUCACAUUGAUCAUCUUCAUAGAGUUCUCAGAGCGUCACCAUCUGUGAUUUCCAGAGAAAUUAUUUGACUAAACUCCAGAUUUAAGAGUUUUAUUGAAAGAAAUGUGGUGACUUGAUUAGAAUUAAAGUUUAAAGGGUUCACAUCCUGACAUACAUUAUGAGAAAUGACUUGAGUUACACGUUUGGUAAGCAAUGAAAUGACAUUGAAGUAAUACUACUAAUAUUACAAUAAUAAAAGUUAAGCAGUAUAAACUGCACAGUAAUAAUUUGACAGUAUUAAAUUGAAGCACUGAGUUAGUGAAGUUAUUGAUGAAGUCUGAUCUUCAUCUCUGUUCAUCUCAUGUUAAUAUUUGUCAAGAGAUAUUGUAAUAUCAAUAUUGUAAUGAGAAAAAAACUGUGUAUUUAACGUGGAUCCAAAUAAAUUAAAACUGCAGUGUGUGACGUUUUUAUCAA